AUUUCGAUUGAAGAGGUUAGGUUACCUUACCAUGCUUGCAAUUGCAAUUGCAAUUCGUGUUAGAUAGUUCAAAGUGAUUAUUUAGACUAAUUAUGCCUGUCUGCCCUUGUUCUUAGUUAGUUUAUUAUUAUAGUAAUGAAGAGGGAAACUUGUGUCUGAUAGCAUCACAUUUUACCUUCGGUGCAACUGUUCUUCAUGAUCAACGAAACCUUAGGAUGGGUGGACUUUUAUCAAACGCCAUGCGAGUACUGAAAACAUAUAACAUUGAGCAAAGAGCUAUGAACGCUCUGUCUGAAAAUCGUAAAGUAGUACCUCCUAAACACCCUACUACUGAACCAAUAAUUGAACAAAUGAAAAUAGACUAUGCAGAGAAAAUGGAAGAACUACAAAAAAAAAAUGAAGACUUAGACAAAAACCUGAAGAGCGUGUACGUCAAGUCUGUACCUGGCUCUACAGGCCUCCCAAGAAAUAUAGACAUGUUGCCGAAGAGGACACGAUAUGAAAGCCCUUUCGAGUAUGGAUAUCAGGAUCCGGAAACUGCCCCACCUGGAAGAUAUACUUUAACCCAGAUCAUACAGAUCUUAACAGAGUAUCAUGAAGACCGUGACGAAAAUUCAGCUAAAAAAUUAGCCAUAAAAUACAAUAUUGAUGAGAAACACCUUAAUAAUAUUAUUGAAUAUUAUAAAUUAUUCAAACUUGGGCGUAGACCAGAUAGAGCAAGGACUUUGGUAGGUGUGCAAUGGUCAAAGGAAAAAGAAAUAGGAAUCAGAAAUAUCAAAAGGAUAUCACGAAGCACCACUCCUGUAGGAACACAUGAUGUUAAAAAAUUAUCAGGCGGCGAAGAAAAAGAAACGUGAUUUUACUAGUUUUAUUUCAUUGUAGUUUGUUUUUGUACAUAGGAAACUUUCUUUGUUUUGUUUUCUGUGCUUUUCAACAAUAUCACUUCUUUUUAUGUUUUCUAAUGCAAUUAGAAUGAAGGAAUUAAGUUGUGCAGUGAAUUGAUACACCGCAGCAUGUUUCGAUAAAAUAAAAUACUUUCUCCUUACA